AUGAAUCCUGUUCAAUUAUGGAUGACUGCUGCAGGCUUUAUUGGCCUAAUACUAGCAUGGAGCUUCAGUAUCAAACGGAAUAGAAGGUAUUCAACUAUUCUACUACUGAUUAUACUCAUCUGUGGCUUCCAGAUCACCACACCGCAGAAGGCAUUGCAGGGUGCACCAUUCCAUAGAUAUUCUGACAGUCAAAUCGCUAUGUACGCUUGCAGCCUGAUUGCCAGAAAAAUGCAGGUAUGUAGCGAAAUGGCGUCUGUUCAAAAUAAGCUGGACUCAUUGACAGAGUGUCUUUGUAAAAACAAAAUUGCAUUUGCGACGACGGCUCAUUGUUUCGAUGUUGGGUACCCAGAUCAGGUCGAUGCGUUCCUCGACCUAUGCAAUGAGCGAACCAAUGCAGGUGUGUCCAGAAAAGACUAUUCUGAUGCUUUGGAUUUUUACAGAAAAGAGGCUGCCCAAACAGUCUCCACUGAACCUCUUCAUCCGCCGCAAGUGCCCUCUCAGGUCAUUUACACUUAUAGAGAUGCCUAUGAUCAAUUUCUAGGCAACUACACUCGAUCUGUCGAAUACGGCAUCCCAAUUAUUGCCUUCUGGGCAAUUGUAUUUAUAGUUGCUGCCAUAGAUUAUCGUAUCAAGCUCUGGGCACCGAAGAUUACGAAUCGAUUCACGGAUCCAGUCUCGAACACCAUCAGAAAGUCAUUUACACUUCCAGCCCUACUGGGGAGACAAAGAACCCAGGAGAAAACCUCGUUGAAAAUCUUCGAUUACUUGCAGCCAAGUCGAAUGGAGUCAAUGAUUUUGAUUGGUUUCUGUGGUUUAACUACCUACUUGUCCGUCUGCAAAAUUCAUCCGGUGGAAAAUGAUCCAAUAUUUCCGAGUUCGACCAUGGCUCUUCUUCGAUAUUACUCUGUGCGUUCAGGAAUAAUUGCAACUUACAUUCUCCCUCUUUCAUUUCUUUUCGCGGGUCGAAACAAUAUACUACAAGGCUUUACUGGUUGGACAUAUUCUACUUUCAUCAUAUUUCAUCGUUGGACAACUCGAAUUAUGGUCUUACUAAUUCUUGUCCAUUCUGUUGGGUAUGGUGCUCUUUUACAUAAACACACUGCUGCACCAAAGGCUUAUAUUUAUUAUGGCUUCGCAGGCACCGUUGCUGGCAUCGCCCUACUUGGACAAGCAUUGUUAGUGCUCAGAAGAAAAUUCUACGAGAUGUUCUUAGCCAUACACAUAAUUCUCGCGGCUGUUUUCUUAGCUGGAGCUUGGAUGCAUGUUAAGAACUUGAACUUUCUAUGGUACUACCACUUUUCUCUCUGGGUUUGGCUCGCAGAUAGGGCGUAUCGAAUCCAGAGGCUUUUGCAAUUCGGUUUUCCAAAUGCAGAAGUUGAAUUAUUUGCAGAUUCUACUUUGAGGGUGAAAGUUCGUAGGCCUCCGUCUUUCCUUGCGGAAGGAGGUGGCCACUGCUUUGUUCAUUUUCUUCUUCCCUUGACAUUCUGGCAAUCGCAUCCGUUUACAUACACUGUCAUGGGCGACUUUAUCGUUUUUUACAUCAAAGUCAAAGAAGGGGUUACAAGAGAUUUACAGAGACAAAUUGAGCGCUCAAAGUCCAAGUCGGUAUUUGUAAGAGUAGCAGUUGAGGGCUCAUAUGGCGAGUGUACCCCUGCAAGAAAUUAUGACAGCAAAAUUUUCGUGGCUGGAGGUAAUGGAAUACCUGGCAUUUUUGCGGAGGCUUAUGAGGCUGUGAGUUCUGCUUCAAGUCACGGACUGACACAUUUGAUAUGGGUUGUUAGAGACAUAGAAGCAGUUCGCUGGUUCCAAGAAGAAUUGAAUUUAUUGAGAGACUACUCAAUUGCAGUCACAAUCUACGUGACUAGGCUUUGUGAGCGUGCUCCAUUGUUGGGAGACUCUGAUAAAAGCAAUGUUGAAUUGGAGCACUCCCUUCCUCAUGUUGUUUUCAAACAGGAAAGGCCCAACAUUGCGAAGAUUGUUUCUUUUGAAGUAUUCAAAAGCAACGGUUCAGUAUGUUUUGUUACAUGUGGACAUCCAGCGAUGGUCGAUGAUUUACGAUAUGAGGUGACAAAGGCUAUUGGUUCAGAAAGAAAACGGAUAGAUUUUUUUGAACAAUUGCAAGUCUGGGCCUAA